UUCACAACUUCACGUCACGCACGUUCAUUUUCGUAAAACAAUUCCAAACAAAAUUUUGUACACAAAAAAAUUAUGGAAUCUGAAAAAAGUGAAAUAAAUUGGCAACUUAUUUGCCGAAUAUGUUUACAAAGUUCAAAUUCAGAUAUGAAAUAUAUAUUCGAUGCAUCCACUACAGCGGGUGAAGUAGAUGUUGCUUCAAAAAUCAUUAAAUGCGGUGGAGUCCCAGUUGAAAUGUUGGAUGGUAUGCCUGAUCGAAUAUGCAAUCAGUGCUUACUUGAUCUAAACAUAGCAUUUACUUUCCAAAACACUUGUCAGGAAUCUUAUUAUCACAUGUUAAAGUUUAUAAAAACCAGAGAACAGGAACACCAAAAGAAUGUCAAAAUUGAAGAGUCUGAAGAACCAGAAGCAGAAUUUAUUAAAGUAGAAACAAUCUAUAAUGAUGAGGUUACCUUUUCUCCCGAAGCUAUUGAUGAAUCAGAGACAUUGGACGAUAGUUGUACUCUUGAAGAUACAGUUCAAUGUGAAGACGUUGAACAACUGCCAGAUGAGACAGUUAAAGAUCCCAUUAAAACUGAAUCUUCACCUGCCAAUAGUAAAAAAAUCAAAAAACCAAGAAAAAGGUCGAAGAAAGAAAAAACGAAUGAACCUAGAGGUCGAAAACCUAAUCCAAUUAAUAAAUUUAUCUGCCACAUAUGUGGAAAUAUUUAUAGUGUCCAAUCAAGACUUAGCCAACAUAUAAAACGGCAUACAGAACAGAAAGAACAUGAAUGCGAAAUUUGCGGAAAAAAAUUCGCUGCUGCUGCCCAAAUUCCCAGGCACAUGAACACCCAUACAGGCAAUAGACCAUACAAAUGUAAAUUCUGUCCAAGCAGUUUUGGAGAUAGCUCAACACGAAAUAAACAUCAAAGAAUACAUACAAAUGAAAGACCAUUCAAGUGUACGGAAUGUGGGAAAGCUUUUGCGUACACCAACGUUCUAAAAGUUCAUAUGUCAAUUCACACUGGUGACAGACCAUACAGUUGUUCGGUUUGCGAUAAGAGAUUCAGUCAACGACAUCAUCAGCAAUCACAUGAGAGAACUCAUAUGAAUUUUAAUGGAAGAAAUGCCAAAAUUGACUAAUAUAACUGACAUCUCUAUAUUACUGUUUUGGCGAUAACUACUUUAGAUUAGAUAGUGUGACUGAAAGGAAUAAUUUGUAGAAAAAGAAAAUUAAUUUUUAAAUAACGA